UUAACUCUAAAGCACAUCUGUUUGGUGAGUGUGUGUCUUUUCUUUUUGAUGUUUUGCAGAAGCAUCCUGGACAAAAAUGCCUUGCACAUAUUUGGUGACCCUGCUGGGAUAAUAUCAUUAUUAGUUAAAUUGUAACUCUUCAGAAAAAAGUCUCUGUCUGAGUAUUUUAGAGGACCUAGCAUAUGGAGCCUUGAUCUAUUACAAACACUCCCAUGUACUAUUGCAAGAAGUUUUUAUUUCAUUAUUACUUGACUUAUCCAUUUUUCUUUCUUUUUCCUAUGUUCCCAACUAUUGUAAUUUUCUUAAAGGGUCAGAGUGGCAACCUGGUAUAUACCUAUAGUAGUGCUGGGUUUUUAAGACAAUGCCUUAAUCUUUCUUACUAGUAUAUUUGAUCAUUGUAUAUUAUGAUCUACUUUGUAGAGCUUUGUUAAAUAUAGAUAUACUGUAGACCUUCCUUAGCUGCUCUUCUUCAAAUGCUUGUUUUUCUCUGUACUGUACUUACUGUGUAUAUUCCAUUAUGCAGAGUAUGGUGCCAUCAUAUGACUCUUUUCCUGUUAGAGUUGUUAACAAUAUAAAGAAAGCUUUCUGUCUUUGAAUAAUGGAGAAGGGAUUGACUUACUACUGGCCCACAACCAUUGUUUGAAGCAGAGGCUGUCCUGUGGUUGCACAUAAGUGCCUAAUGCAAUAGAAACCUGAUGUAGCCAUGCUAAAAAUAAUAGUGGAUCUUGUUUGGUGCAUUAGGGUGCUAUCAAAAUGUUUUGUCAUACAUACAUACAUGAUGUAUGGAUGUGUAUGUAUAGAUAUAUUUAGUGAUAUAUAUACACACGUUUGAUGGUAUAUAUCACAUAUAAUCAAAUGUACACAGCAGUAGGCUAAACCCUUUGAAGGACACGGUUCCAGCCGCAAAGAGCCUAUGCUCCAAAUCAAACAGUGGCUUUUGUUAGGAGACAUCUGGCAGCCAUGUUCUGCAGUUGCUGUGGCUUCCAGAAUGACUUCAAUGGAAGAGCUGAGCUGGAAGUCAUAAAAGCUCGUCAUCUGUCUGAGGCUCCCUGGGGAGGCAGCCUGAGGUGGCGACAGACAAGGUUGCAGGAAAGCUGAGUUCUACUCUCUCAUGGGUGAAGAACACUGUAUCGCACACUGUCAGUCAAAUGGCCAGUCAGGUGGCAAGUCCAUCUGCCUCAUUACACACUACAUCCUCCUCUACCACUCCCUCAACACCAGCACUAUCGCCAUCCUCACCAACGCAGUUGAGUCCAGACGAGCUAGAAUUACUGGCUAAACUUGAAGAGCAGAAUAGAUUAUUGGAGACAGAUAGCAAAUCCUUACGAUCUGUAAAUGGGUCAAGAAGGAAUAGUGGGUCCUCCCUUGUAUCUAGUUCAUCAGCUUCUAGCAACCUCAGCCAUCUCGAAGAAGAUUCCUGGAUCCUUUGGGGGAGAAUUGUAAAUGAAUGGGAAGAUGUACGGAAAAAGAAAGAAAAACAAGUUAAGGAGCUUGUUCGAAAAGGGAUACCCCAUCAUUUCAGAGCAAUAGUAUGGCAGCUUUUAUGCAGUGCUCAAAGCAUGCCAAUAAAGGAUCAAUAUUCAGAGCUUUUGAAAAUGACCUCUCCUUGUGAAAAACUAAUAAGAAGGGACAUUGCUAGGACAUAUCCUGAACAUGAUUUUUUUAAAGAAAAAGACAGCUUUGGUCAGGAAGUUUUAUUUAAUGUAAUGAAGGCUUAUUCAUUAGUGGAUCGUGAGGUUGGAUACUGUCAAGGAAGUGCUUUUAUAGUUGGGCUGCUGCUUAUGCAGAUGCCAGAAGAGGAAGCCUUCUGUGUGUUUGUUAAAUUAAUGCAAGAUUAUAGACUUCGAGAACUCUUCAAACCAAGUAUGGCUGAGCUGGGCCUUUGCAUGUACCAAUUUGAAUGCAUGAUACAGGAGCAGCUACCAGAGCUUUAUGUGCACUUUCAGUCCCAGAGUUUCCAUACUUCAAUGUAUGCUUCAUCAUGGUUUUUAACAAUCUUUCUCACAACUUUUCCACUACCAAUUGCAACAAGAAUAUUUGAUAUUUUUAUGUCUGAGGGUUUAGAGAUAGUAUUUCGAGUAGGUUUAGCAGUUCUUCAGAUGAACCAAGCAGAAUUAUUGCAACUUGACAUGGAAGGGAUGUUACAGCACUUUCAAAAGGUCAUUCCACAUCAGUUUGACAGUGGUCCAGACAAAUUAAUCCAAGCAUCUUACCAAGUCAAAUACAAUGCAAAGAAGAUGAAAAAGUUAGAAAAGGAAUACACUACAAUAAAAACUAAGGAAAUGGAAGAACAAGUUGAAAUUAAAAGGUUACGAACAGAAAAUAGACUCUUAAAACAACGCAUUGAAACAUUAGAAAAAGAAAGUGCUUCCUUGGCAGAUAGAUUGAUACAGGGACAAGUGACAAGGGCCCAGGAGGCUGAGGAAAACUACCUCAUAAAACGGGAGCUGGCCACCAUCAAACAGCAGAGUGAUGAGGCCAUUACUAAACUGGAGCAAGCUGAGAAUACCAUCAGGGAGCUCCAGCAACAACAGCAAUGGCAUAAAUGCAGUUCACGCUACAGUGAAGACUUUGUGCUACAGCUGGAAAAAGAGUUGGUUCAAGCAAGGCUGAGUGAAGCAGAAUCCCAUUGUGCUCUGAAGGAAAUGCAAGAUAAGGUUCUAGACAUGGAAAAGAGAAACAGUUCUUUACCUGAUGAGAAUAAUGUUGCUAGACUUCAAGAAGAACUGAUUGCAGUGAAAUUAAGGGAAGCAGAAGCUCUGAUGGGACUAAAAGAACUUAGACAGCGAGUCAAGGAUUUGGAGGAGCACUGGCAGCGUCACCUAGCUCGUACCACUGGCAGAUGGAAAGAUACACCCAGAAAGAACACGGUGAAUGAGCUGCAAGAUGAAUUAAUGACUAUCCGAUUGAAAGAAGCAGAAACUCAGGCGGAGCUAAAAGAGAUGAAACAAAGAAUGAUGGAGAUGGAAACUCAGAAUCAGAUCAAUAGCAACCACUUGCGAAGGGCGGAGCAAGAGGUUACCAAUCUGCAAGGGAAGGUGCAGUAUCUUUCUACACAGAACAAAGGACUUCUUGCUCAGUUAAGUGAAGCCAAACGCAGACAAGCAGAGAUUGAAUGCAAGAGUAAGGAAGAAGUGAUGGCAGUAAGGCUCCGUGAAGCAGACCGCAUUGCUGCAGUGGCCGAACUCCAGCAACAUAUUGCUGAACUAGAAAUCCAGAAAGAAGAAGGAAAAAUUCAAGGGCAGCUUAAUAAAUCUGACUGUAACCAGUAUAUUAGAGAACUGAAAGAUCAGAUAGCAGAACUGAAGCAGGAGAUCAAAUGCCUAAAAGGCCAGAGAGUCUUCUCAGACCAAGCCACUUUUGAUGGGAUUCACAUUGUCAACCAUUUUACAGGAGAUGAUGAGUCAUUUCAUUCUUCUGAUGAAGAUUUUAUAACUAACUCCAUACAGAGGAGUGGGGUCCACUUUCAAUUACACAGAACUGGUCAGAUGGCUUUGGAUGCAACUGUGGUAGACAGCAGUGACAGUGAUGCUGAAGAGGGUGUCCUGGGUAUUGGAAGUACAGACAAAAUUAUUCCCAAGGAAAAGAACCAGAAAAGAAUGGAAUCCUACUCUACCACUGUAUGAUUAUCACUGUGACUAGCAUUUAAGAUUUCAUAUCUUUAAGGGAUAAAUGGUCAGAAAUGCCAGGCUGUUGAAUUUAGGUUAUUACUACUGGAGUUUGUCUGGCUCAUUAUGUAUAUAUACAUUUUAAUAUCUGCCUUUUAUCUUUGCCAAAUCUUUACUACUGACAUACCAUUGCCAUAGAGUAGGCUGGGAGGAAGUUGAUGGAUGACGGUUCUAACAGUAUUAUUGAAUGUUCCUUGUUUUAGAAAAUGCAAAUAUUAAUUUCUUCAAUGCUUAAAAACCAUUUUGCAGUUCAUAAACAUGGAAAAUGUUUUCUUCAAAAGAAACUGCUCUUGUGCAAUAUUUUAUGCUCUGAACAAAUGUGUACUUUUUACAUUUGUGAUCAAGAUGGAUGUUAGCAAACCAUCUGAUCAUAGCUUAUAUCUGAUUAUCUUGUGCUUUUUGGUUUUGUUUGUUUUUAAUUAAACAGUACUUUUGGAGGCUCACAGAAGACUCAAAAUAUAGGCCUUCAUCUGUACUAUUUUAUAAACAAAUUAAUGGUCACAAAUGUUUCUAAAAUCAUUUUGACUUAAUUUUUAUGUGCAUCUGCUUUUGAUGUGUUGCUAAACAAAGCCUGGUCUAAGUAUGUUAACUACAAUAAUGUUUAUUUUGUACAUAUUUAUAUAUCUGCACCAAGCUGAAAAUGUACAUUACACAUCAUUUUAUAUGAGGAAUGUAAAUGUUGCAAUAUGUCUUGGCAUUCUAACAAGAAUAAAUUCUGUAUAUACAUAGUAGAAAUGAGUUACCAAAUAAAGACAAAACACUAACCGUAGGUUAAAUUUCUGCUUAGCUACUGACACUAACAGGUUCUUGUUUAACUGAAAUGCUUGUUCAGAAACACUAUUGACUGAAUAUUUUAACUCCAUGUAUAUGUAACUACAAUAAAUUUUUCAUGAUUUA